AUGCCGCCACCUGCGACACCGACAACGUUACCACCUCACAUGCCGCCACCUGCGACACCGUCAACGUUACCACCUCACAUGCCGCCACCUGCGACACCGACAACGUUACCACCUCACAUGCCGCCACCUGCGACACCGACAACGUUACCACCUCACAUGCCGCCACCUGCGACACCGUCAACGUUACCACCUCACAUGCCGCCACCUGCGACACCGACAACGUUACCACCUCACAUGCCGCCACCUGCGACACCGUCAACGUUACCACCUCACAUGCCGCCACCUGCGACACCGACAACGUUACCACCUCACAUGCCGCCACCUGCGACACCGACAACGUUACCACCUCACAUGCCGCCACCUGCGACACCGUCAACGUUACCGCCUCACAUGCCGCCACCUGCGACACCGACAACGUUACCACCUCACAUGCCGCCACCUGCGACACCGUCAACGUUACCACCUCACAUGCCGCCACCUGCGACACCGACAACGUUACCGCCUCACAUGCCGCCACCAACGUCACCGCCUCCUAUGCCGCUGCUACCAAGAGCGCCGCCGCCUCUCAGACCGCUGCCUCUACACAGCCCGACACUGAGUCCAGCCCUGCCAACGGGGCGUCCUGCUGGCAAGUCUAAAUUUCCGUUGGAAGUUUUCAGUGUGGACCGGGAUACUGCCCCCACCAACGAUAUUAAACACAUUUGUGAUAAUUUCAACGAAUACUAUGCCUCUGUUGGAUCUCAGCUAGCCGAAGCGCUGCAGCCCGCCGGCCCCCUGGAGGUCGACGACGCUGACCACGCCACCGAUUCCCAGUUCUCACUAAGGCCUGUCACCAUUGAGGAGCUUUUAAAAGUGAUAAAAACUUUUGAGCCGGACAUGCCACCAGACUUGCUGGAAAAAAAGAAAAAAGAUUUCAUCAAAUGUCUUAGAAGAACCGAGGAAGAGCGGGAAAAUCUUCAACAAGCUACGGUCAUGCAAUCGCAAUGCGGAAUUAUUGGCCUUUGCGGAUGA